UACCUACUGACCGCGUUGUUCACUGAGGGUUAUUUUAACAGGGGAAACUCCUAACCUAGUGGAUAUUAUUCAAAAGGAAUAUGGCGGUCACACGUAUCCGUCGAGCCGCCGAUGGUGGUGUGGCGCAAGCCGUGGCUUCGGUAAAGGAGCACCAAAAAUUCAAGAAGAUGUUGAUGUUCGGUAUGAGGUCGCUAUCGGACUUCUGUAAUCCGCAGUUGCAGUUGUAUGUAGAAAAUGCACUUGAUGCGCUCAACAGGAACGUACUGCCAAGUUUGGUGACUGCGUUGUCUAACUUUGGUGAUGACGAAGAUAUCAUCUUUUCAUGCAGUCAAAUCCUACAGGCUAUGGCUUGUGGGUGUGUAGAAGAAGCUGAAAACCAGGAAAUAUCACAAAAGUUUGCCAAGGACGGUGGUAUUACUGCUGUUGAGCUUAUUUUAAACCAAUGCCCACAGGACGACGUAGUGCUGGCAUACUGCUACACAGUGUUAGAGUGCCUUGGGAAAAUACAGCGCCUACCUGAUGGAGGUGCAGGUCUUGCUGGCACCAUUUGCAAAUCUGUGAAUGGAGCACCUUCCAUGGGAGCUGAUGUAGCAGUUAAGGCACUUGCAUGCUUAUCGUCCAUAUGCGCCACGUCUUCAGGCCCUGCUAAAAUGAAGCAGCACAAUGGCAUCAACGUCAUGCUUCAAUUGUGUUUAGCCCUGCCUUCUGAAAAGUCGAAGGUGGCCAGCGUAGAAAGCGCAAUGAAGGCCGGUGCAUCCCUGGCUAAAGCCGGUAUACUAGACAAGACAUGCCUCGACCCAGUUAUCCGCGUCAUUGAAAAGUACAAAACAUCCAAAGCAGUGGUGGGAUAUGGCAGUGAUAUUGUUAAGUCCGUCGUUAGCACUGCAGCACUGAAACAAAGUCUAAACGAUAUACAAAAAUGCCAAGCAGGGACCCCUGAACACCAGGCUGCCGUAGAUACCCUGCGUUCGCUAUCGUACAUCUCGUCAGUGGGUGAGCAGUUGGCCAAGGAUGGAGCAUUGGGUCUGAUUGUGGACUUGGUGAAAAAUGCCACUGCACAGUUGGAAACGCAUGCCGAAGUCAUGCUCAGUGUGAUUGCUGGUGCUGCGCGCAUCCUAGGUACUGUUGCCGUCACGAAGUCCUACUGCGACGAAGUGGUCCAGAAGGGUGGUGUUGACAACCUGGUCGCAGCAUUGCCGCUGUGCACCAGUGAUGGAGCUUGUGUAGCAAGUAUCGCCGAUGCUCUGGCGCAACUGCUUCAGUCAGGGCCAGAUGCAUUCAUAAAAACAGAUGCCGUGGCAACAUCACUCCCAAUAUUGUACCAGAUGGCUGAUCAGGAAAAUGUUGCAAUAUCAAUGCUGGGAUUCGUAUCCGCAGCGUCUCAACAAAGUGAGUUGCAGCCUGCCUUUGUGGCCAACAAGGUAGUUGAGAUUCUGUGCACAUGCAGCCAGUACCACCUCGAGAGCCUGGCUAUACACAUGAACAUUAUGCACGUGUUCAACCGGUUCUCAAGCCACGUUACCGAUCUUAGUGUGGUAUAUGAAUACGGAGGCCUCCAGGGUAUCGCAGCUUCCAUGUCAGCACACUACAAGGACGAUAAGUACUGCCUAGAGGUACUUAAGCUCCUGCUUACCUUCACAUGUACACCGGGAUCGGAUCAGUACAUGAAAACUGGUGACACCCUGAUCAUUGACACUAUCCUGGAACUUAUGCUAGAGCAUCAGAAGAAUGAUGCUGUAAACGGUGCUGCUAUGAAGGUACUAGAGCUUCUGGCAACGGAAGAUGAUGUCCGCCGUACAAUGAAGGACCUUAGCCGUGCACUCCAAGUAUCCAAGGAGGACGUAGAUGGUGCCUACAGUAAAAUUGCUGCCGUUACCGGUUUGGCACGCAUCGCAAGGCUAAGGCCAAUCAUCGUCAAAUCGGACAUGUUAAAGGAAAUUAUGCAGACUGUUAGUACGUGGGUAGAAGGGUCCAACUUCACAGGGCGUUCCAAGCUCACCAAAGCUGCAAUGCAAUGUGCACAGGCCACUGUAGAGGACGCUGCACAGUGUGAAAACACUAUAUCUAUGAUUUGUGACUUGGCUUGUAUGCCUCAAGUCAGGCGCGUCAUUGAUCUUGAAGGAGGUGAGGACAACUUCUUGUUGCACUGUACCGGGGCACUGGCACAUUUAUGCUCAGUAGAUCGUGGAUACAGCAGUGAGCAGUGCAAGGCAGUCGUUGAACACAUUAACCGUGUAAUGAGGAAACACAUGGACAUCAAGAAUGCCGAAACGCAGUGCAUCGAUGCUCUGAGCCACUUCCUGCAAGUAACAGGCAACGACGGUAUGGACGCUCUGCUCUCGACGAACACCAUAGUAGCGGUCGUAGGAUACCUCAGCAAGAUUCCAAUGUACCUGCCAUGCCAAAUUGUCGGUGUAGGAUUCCUGCUGGCGUGCGCCAAAAUGGAUUACAGAGCGCUCGAGUGCCUGAAACAAUGUAAUACAUACCAGCUCCUACGUGCCCUUAAUCGUACUCACAAGAAGUCACGCAAGCUAAAGACCAUGGUCGGUGAAUUGCUGAGCAUGAUCAUGCCACCCGAUGCGUUCGAGGCGGAGUUGAUACAGCUGUUGGCUGACUUGGAGAAGGGUAUGGAGGUCAAUGAUAUCCUGGCAGUCCACACUGCCCUGUCGUCCAUCAACCAACUUUUGGUCAGCAACGAGUGCAUCCGCAUUGCGGUACGCCUACAUGUGCCUGAAAUAUUGGUUAAGGUGUGCGAUUGGACAUCCAAGAGCAAGGCUUUGGCAGACAAGGUACAGAUUGUCGAGCCUGAUGAUGUCGCUGGCAAGGAUCUCAUCGACUCUAUCAACCUUGAAAUUGCUCAAUCCAUCUACAACAUGGGCCAGAACCGUAGCGGUCUCAUUGCAAUGACCAAGUUGGGCACAUAUGCUACGGCAUUGAAGGUAUGGGAGUCUGUCCAGGGCCCUGUGACACCCAUCCUGGAGGAUGAGGCAUGUGCAUCCUUGGAUGCAAUGACCCAGCUCUUUGUACACGACAUGGCGAAUGUAGAUGCCGCGCUCAAGAAUGAUGUUCUGUCGAAGGUCUGCAGGGGAUUUACUUUAUUCCAGUCGUCACCUAACGUCAUUCGUAGUAUAUGCAGGUGCUUGGCUGCCAUGUGUACCACGGACGCUCGUGCUAAGGCCCUGGUUGAAAGCCCAGAGUUCAACAAGCUCACUGCUAUGUUGGUGCAGUUACUCGAUGGUGAUGAGAACGUUUCCCUGGGUUCUGUCAAGGCUAUCGCGGAAUUGCUCAAGUGCAAUAACAAGUUGGUGAUCGACCACUUUGCGAAGAAGACCAACCUGGUGUCUGGAUUGCUGCGCAACAUUGAGAUGUACCCAGAAAACUCCAAGCUGGUCGCGCUAUCAGCUACAUGCUUGAACUACUUCGGCAAGGGUGUAGUGGCCGGGCGUAAUGAUAUCCCAGCUGUCCUGACCAACAUCACAAAGGCACUUAACGAAAACAAGAAUGUGGCAACCACUGUUCUCCCAGUGCUCAAACUGCUACUCAACAUGUGCACUCCAGAAACGAAGCAGGCAUUGAAGAGCUCCGGUGUUAUGGAGGUUGUUAGCGACGUCAUGAUGAUCCACAUCGAUGACGAGGCUAUCACUUCAGUGGGUGGUGAGCUCUUUGGUUACCUGGGUGCUGAGGCACAGAUUCGCGCACUUAUGCGCCAAGUCAUCGAAGCUGUACAGAUGCGCCAGGAUACUAUGGCACAGGAGGUCGAUUCACUAUGUACUCGCCUUGCGAUGUUCCUCUUAUCGCCAUUGGAGAACCGUGCUGAGGCACUUGCCGAUACUGAAGAGUUCCUAGGUGCCUUGAACACUUGCAUGGCCUACUCCGCUGACAACAAGAACUUAAUAGCAAACGCUACUCUUGUCUCACGUAGGCUUGGUGACGCAGUGUUUAAUGACUUUGAGGACCAAUUCGGUGCAUGGGCCAUUGCUAACUCAAGCAACCUCCAGCAGAUCAUUGCCAUUUUGAACUCUGACUACGGUGCCAGCAACGUCAAGUUCUUGUGCCACGCAUACCGCGUUUUUAGCUGUUGCGCGGUUAACGUCUAUGUCACGGACAUGAUGCAGGCUGAGUGCCAAACUGUGAUGCCGCGCACGAUGGAGCUCUUGGAGCGUUACCGCAACAACCCAGAUGUAGCCAAUGCCAUUCUAGACUUUUUAAGCAACCUGUCGAAAUCACCAGCCACGGAGAACAACGCGGAACAAUCUGGCUUGCGCCUAUUUGUGGAUGCUUGUAACCAACGCGGUACAGACCCAUUGACGCUGCUCACUGACAUCAUGAUCACCCACAAGCAGCUUGACAACUUGGUUAUCCCAGCAAUGCAGCUGAUGGGUGACAUUGUAGCCAGCGGUAUGUUCGACAACUCGGCAUCGGUUAAAGCAGCCCUUGCCGCGGCAGAGCGCAUCUGCGUAGGUGCAGUCUCGGAGGAGCGCAAGUUGGCCUUCAUGGACAUGGUUUGCAAGAUGCUUGGCAGCCUAGAGAAAUCGGAGUGCCAGAGGGUAGUAGAGAACGUGGUCCAAAUGCUCAAGGCAGGUGUCAUUGCACGCAAGUCGCCUGAUGUGCUAAAAGCAUACGCACGUAUACUAGCGGCCGCGGCUUCAUGCGAUAUCGAGGGCAAGGACCUCAUGCAACACCUCAACAAGAUUGGCGCCAUGAAGAUGCUGGCGGAGUUGUUGGAGGACGGUUCUUUGGUAGACAAGAGCGCGCUCUUAUCGGUAUUCCAGUCAUUGCAGAAAUGCGUCAAGUCGUGCCCGGCUUGUGCAGUUCCGCUACUUAGGGAGGCGCUGCCCAAGAUGCUUGUUAGCGGCGCUGAUCUGAUAACUAAUGAUUCGGAAUGCAGCCAUGGCUUCUGCGACAUGCUGUUGGAUGCUGUGGCCAUAGAGGGCGUAGGACGUGUACUAGGUGGAAUGGAACCACUGAUGAACAUGCUGCAUAACCUCCAGAUGAAAGCCAAGGAAAACGGUGAUAAAUCCCUCGGGGACAAGAUAUUGCAGAUUCUUAAGGGUAUUGCCAACGACCAGCCAAAGAUACGUAACUGCCAGAGCAUAUACCUCAUGCUCGAGGAACGUAAGAGUGAAGAGAAGACGCUGUCGAUCGUCCAGGCAAUGGAACUAUGCGACGACGUUAACUUCGUCUUGCAAACCAUGGCCAAGUACAACGAAAAGGUGCUGGCCUACGAAAGUGAUGAGGGUAAAGAUAUUAUAUACGGUGGUAUGGCGGUUGAUCUGCUAUUUUCACUUGAAGAAAAUGCACAGUACCUUAUGGACAAUGGUGUCUUGGAUGUCCUCAUGGAGUCGUUGGCUAAGCAGAAUCAUUUGAAUAUCACCAAUUCGCUCGCCAGCUCGCUGUGUACUGGUGCUAUGAGGCCGAACGUUGUUGCCAAAAUGCUGCCUCGCAAGGACUUCAUGCCGGUAAUCGGCGGCUACGUCAAGCGAGUUCACCAGGGUAAGGGCAUGGUCAUCCCACCAACGCCAGAGAACUCCGACAACAUAGUGGAGGUUGUGCUUAUUAACGCUAUGCUCCUGGUAGAACGCACGGCAAUUAACCGUCGCAUAUACCUAAACGCGGAUGUUAUCAACGUGUUGGUUGACAUCUGGGAUGCAUACGACAAGCAGAAGUACACCAUGUCGCGUCUUCUGCGUCAAACAUUCCGUACACUACGUAAGAUUGUUGCCGAGGCUCACGUCGACAUUAUGUUGAAGUGUAACAUGGUUUCUCGUAUCAAGAAUAUCUUGGCCACUUCGGAGGAUUACAACCUUAUUCCUGAUGCGCUGUUCCUUGUGGGUAGCAUGGCUGUGAUCAAGCAGAUUAAGACACAGAUAUGUGAAGUUGGUCUACUAGACGGUAUUGUCCAAUUGAUGAACCGUCAUGUAGGCAACCCCGAUUCCCCCAAUGCCAUUAUUACCAACACGUGUUUGGCGCUCGCCAACGCCUGUAUCGGGCACAAGCAGGCUACUGACCGAUUCAUGCAACUCAAAGGUCCCGAGAUUAACGUACGUAUCCUACGUGACUACUCUGAGAUACACGAAGUUACAAACGGUGCCAGUAUCUUGCUAUGUAACAUGCUUUACAAAAACGAUGCAUUCAAGGAUGUAUACGGUAAACUCGGCGCUCCUGAAGCUUUAGUGCGUUGUUUACGCGCGUACGCAGGUUCCAACCAGGCCUACGCCAUUCGUUGCAUUGAGUCAUUAUUCAAGGCUAUAUCAAACCUUGCUCUCUAUGCUGCCAACGUGACUCUGUUCCUGGAUGCUGGCAUUGAACAGAGUUUCUGCGCUUGGUUAUCGAACCUCGACCCUUCAUUCUCUGAUGUGCAACUCAAGAUCGGUCUCCAGACAUUGUCUAACUUGGUGAUGGAGAACAAGGAAGGUAACAUGCGCAAAUUCUCUGUGCUGUUGAUGCCCGUUCUUCAUGUCAUGUCCCAGGAACGCCAGGACAGCAAGGUCGCAUUGUUGCUAUUUGAUAUCCUAAGCUCGCUUUGUCGUUCCGAUGAAAACAGUGAGCUGUUUUUGCAGAACGGUGGUUGUGAACUUUGUAUCCAAACCAUGCGCCGUGUAAGUUACGAUCUCGUGACUUUGACCCUGGGUAUCAACCUUUUGGCAAGCCAGACGACUUCCCCAGCAGGUGUACAGAAACUACUGGAGCUCGAUGUGUUCAGCCUACUCCUGGCUAACUUGACAUUCGAGGAGUACACCCCCGAGCUUACUGAUAUAUUGAUAGCUACACUGCGUUGCUUGAGGAAGCUGGUAAACAGUCCCGAAAUGGUAUAUCUCUUCUGCAGCCAGGACGGGCUUUCAACGGCUAUUUCAGUAUCACGCAAGACGCAACAGUCACCUGCCAUUGUUAUUGAAUCCUUGCGUUUGAUCUUGGGUAUGCUUGCGUUAACCGAGACUAAGGAGGAGGGUGCCGCACCUGCUUGGGAGAAUAUUGGUAUGGAGAAAGAGGACAUCGAAAACCUACUCAACAUCACCUUUGUGUGCGGUGGCAACGAGCAGGCACAGAAGAUGAUUCGUCUACAGAAGAUUGUGUUCAGUGUCAUUGGUUACUUUAUGUCGCAAGGUUUGGGUAGUGAGGUCCUCAUCAUGAACAACUUCUCCUCGUUGGGUCAUAUCUACCUCACUAAUUUCCCAGGUACUGUGGAGAUGGUAGUGCUCAUGACUGUUGUCCUCGAGAACACUUUUACCGUGCCAGCUGAGGUGCGUAACAACAUCUUGACGAAGGAAAUCAUGAAGAAAUAUCGUGAUGUCGCUUCGUCCCUUCCCAACAAGAAGCCUGAAGACAAGGCUCUUUACAACCGUUGCCAUGCCUUGGUGACUGCAUUGGCUUCAUCUGAAAACAAGACUCUGGAGUCUACUGGCCACUUCAACUUUGAACUUAGUGGUUGGAAUGUUGAUCCUUACCCUCAUGGCACCCACGAUCUCCCGGAGGCGGUCAAGCAAGGGCUACGUACCGGUGGUCGUGUAAAGGGUUACAUUCGCGAUAACCCAAAGCGUGUUGGCAUUCGCUGGCGCUCAAGCCAGGAUUUGAACUACCUGGAAUGGGGACCGGAGGAGGAAGAUUACCCAUACCGUAUUGCAGUUCGUCGUAUCCGCAACAUUGCUCGUGGUCUACGCCACCCUAUCCUGGAGGCUGCCAACGCAAAGGAGCCUCGCAAGGUCACCAACAACACUUGCUUCUGCAUUAUGGGAUCGGCUACUGAAGACUUCCCAGAUGGAUUUGCAUUGCCCAUCAAGUGCAAGAACAUCAAGGAGCGCGACGCUGUCGUUGAGCUCUUAGUUCAGUGGCGUGAAGCCGCUACAUACAACUAUUGAUACCAUACUG